AUUUGUCCCACUAGCGCACGCAUUGGUGAAGCUGAUUUGGGCUUCCGAUGCAUUUCUUCCUUUGACGCCCAAACUUUCCUUUAUUAUGGAUAACGCCUCCGAUCCGGACGUUGAUGCUCUCUUUGAAGAUGAUCCUGGCCCACUAGACGAAGUGGUAGACGACGAAGAUGCAGAAGACCUCCGAUUAGAUAGCGCCGAUACCAAGGUUUGGUUGGUCAAGGUGCCUAAGUUCCUUGCCAAUAAAUGGAAGACAGUUGAUCAAGACAAUGUCAACCUGGGCUCCGUAAGAAUCUAUAGCCAACCACCACCUGGGCGCAGCAGCACGAUCUCGCUGGUGCUUCCGGAAAGUGAAGCGGCAGAAAAUAUCCCACUUGAGUACAGUAUAUCGAUUUUACCCGGUGAAGUGCAGAACAAAUAUGUUUUUACAGAGAGUGAACAUGGAGGCAAAUCCAUCAGCGGCACUGUGCAUCACGAAUGCGCGGCCACACCGACACAAUUCGGUACCUAUAGAAACAUUAUGAGAAAGCGAGUACUGGAUGCCGGCACACCACAACGAACAGUGCAAGUUUUGGGUCACAACAAUCAGCCGGUAUUCGCUCCUGGUGCAAGCAGCAGUAUGCCUUCCAGCACCUUUUCCGAUUUCAUUACUGCCAAGAAACCCAAAACCGAAAAGGAAAAAGCGACACGUAUGCCACGAAACGAACUUAUGGAUUUACUGUUUGCGGCCUUCGACAAAUAUCCGUAUUGGUCUUUCAAGGGUAUUGUGGAGCACACCAAGCAACCGGCCCAAUAUCUCAAGGAAAUUUUAUCCGAAAUUUGCAUUCUCAACAAACGAGGUCCUUACGCGGGAAAUUAUCAAUUGAAACCUGAAUACAAACAACGACCUUCUGCAGCGGAAGCCAUGGCAAGUAAUUCGGCCGAUAAUCCAUCUUCGGAAGAUGAAGAUGAAGAAGACGAAGAAGCCAUGGAGAUGAUCCAUGUGUAGGAUUCCAGGAUUUCCUGUUUUUGUAAAAAUUUAUCACCUAUUUUUUAUUUUUAUUUUUAGCUUUCCAACUCCGUGUCCAAUAAAAUCAUUCUUCUCUUGAAUUUUGUCCACCCCUUC